GUGGGCCGGGAGGAAAGUGAAUUGGUACAAGCGCAGUGGAGAGGAGCUGAUGAGAGGCGACUGGAUGACACGGAUAAGGGGCACCGUUUGAUCCCACAUGCUGCCACCUGCACGUACCCAUUAACCACAGUGAGACAGUCUGCAUUCCGGCUACAAGAUGUUCAGUUUGGGAGCGGAGCGUUUUGUCGCCCUGCUUCUCACUUGGGCUGGGAUUCUGCAGCUGCGACAUGUCAGCCGCUCAGAAUGGUGCUACAAUGAUCUGGUGUCCCCACUUUAUUUCACAUCUUUCGAUGCUUCCUCAAGAUAUUCCAUUCUGUAUGCCUCUAAUUUUGCACGAUUAUACGGUAGCAGUGGGUGGUCUCCAGCCCUUGGGGAUAAACUGCCCUGGCUUCAAAUUGAUUUACGACAGAAAUAUAAGAUCAUGGGAAUAGCUACUCAAGGGACCCAUAAUACUUACUAUGACUGGGUAACAAAGUACAUACUGCUGUAUGGGGACAGACCAGACAGCUGGAAGCCAUAUUUUCAGCAAGGAACUAACUGGACAUUCUUUGGCAAUGUCAAUUCAUCAGGGGUAAAAGAACAUCGCCUACAUUACCCAGUGAAAGCUCGAUAUGUUCGCUUCGUCCCGGUGGCAUGGAACCCAAAAGGAAAGAUUGGCCUUCGUGUGGGUCUUUUUGGCUGCCCAUAUCGUCAUGAUGUUUUGUCCUUUGAUGGAGAUGACCUCUUUUCCUACAAGCUUAAAGGGAAUAUUAGCCGAACCUUAAAUGACAGCAUAUCGUUCAACUUCAAAACACUGGAGAAAGAUGGGAUACUAAUGCACGCAGAGGGAUCGCAAGGAGAUUACAUCACACUCGAGCUUCAAAAGGCCCGUUUAAUAUUCCAGAUCAGUUUGGGCAACAGUCCCAUACACCCAGUAGACAGUCACACAGUUGUGAAGCUAGGAAGCCUUCUGGAUGAUCAGCACUGGCAUUCUGUCUAUAUUGAACGGCAAGGUCGUGACCUUAACAUAACUUUGGACGGAGAAACAAAAAGAGUUAAAUUAAAGGGAGACUUUGACCAACUGGACCUGGAAACUGAGAUAUUUUUUGCUGGGAUGGUUUAUCAAGAAAAAAGCAUCUCCCAUAAGCAAAACUUUAGAGGCUGCAUGGAAAAUAUUCUCUUCAAUGGCACUAACAUUGCUGACCUGGCACGCAGGAAGAAAUCCUCAAUAGCCUUUGUGGGGAAGGUCAAAUUCUCCUGUAUUGAGAUGCCCUACGUUCCAGUGACCUUUUCCGGUAUCAACAACUACCUUCUGAUUCCGGGUGUCCCUGCCAACCCGAAGAUGAUGGUGAGCUUUAAAUUUCGAACAUGGGACACAGUUGGACUACUGCUUUACACCAGUUUUACUGGUAACUUGGGUUCUCUGGAAAUGGCAUUGAGUGAAGGGCAGAUUAAUGUGUCAAUCUCCCAGCCACACACAAAGAAGCUGGUAUUUGCUGCAGGAUACCGGCUGAAUGAUGGUUUCUGGCAUUCAGUCUCAUUAGUGGCCAGAGAGAAUGCUGCUGUUGUUAUCAUAGAUGAAGAUGAAGGAGCAGAGUUUAAGGUGAACUAUGAGUUUCAGCUGAGAACAGGAGACACCUACUACUUUGGGGGUUGCCCAAAACCUGCAGCAGGAUCUGGCUGCUACUCAAACCAGACGGCGUUCCAUGGCUGCAUGCAGAUGAUCAAUGUUGAUGGGCAGCCGGUGGACUUACAUCGCAUGCAGCUGGGGUUGCUCGGGAGGUUCUCUGAGGUCAUGUUCAACGUUUGCGCCAUUGCUGAUAGAUGCAGACCUAAUCCGUGUGAGCAUGGGGGGCGUUGCUACCAGUCCUGGGAUGACUUCUUCUGCUACUGUGACAUGACUGGUUACAAGGGAGAGACCUGUCACAAGUCCCUCUUCAAAGAAAACUGUGAUGCCUACAGGGUUAGUGGCAAAUAUUCAGGCAAUUACACCAUAGAUCCUGAUGGCAGUGGACCAAUGAAACCAUUCUAUGUUUACUGCUCCAUAUCAGAGGAAAGAGCGUGGACUAUUGUGCAUCAUGACCGAUACUAUUCUACGAAAGUCAUCGGCUCCAGCCCAGACCAGCCGUUCUUAGGAGAGGUGAAUUACUUGAAUGCAUCUUGGGGAGAAGUAUCCGCACUUGCCAAUGGAUCUGAAUACUGCGAGCAGAGAAUCGAGUUUUCUUGCUACAGAUCUCGGCUCCUUAAUACACCAAAUGGGUUGCCAUUCAGUUUCUGGAUGGGAAGAAAUAAUGAAAGACACUUCUACUGGGGAGGAUCGAGCCCGGGAAUCCAGAGAUGCGCCUGCGGUAUUGACAAGGCCUGUGUCGAUCCAAAGCUUUUCUGCAACUGUGAUGCAGAUUACUCAUCAUGGAAUUAUGACAAAGGGCUGCUGAAGUUUCGUGACCACCUACCGGUCACACGAGUAGUCGUGGGAGAUACUAACAGGACCAGCUCUGAAGCUUGGUUUUCUGUGGGACCAUUACGCUGCUAUGGAGACAGAAACACCUGGAACACAGUGACGUUUAUGAAAGGUGCAAGUCUACUUUUCCCAACCUUCAAACCAGACACCAGCAUCGAUAUCUCCUUCUACUUUAAGACUACCUCCCGAUCUGGCACGUUCCUAGAGACAUCCGGGAACAGAUGUGGCUUUCCCUUGCAGCACACGUGGGACUUGAGAUAUGAGACUUUCUGGAUGGAUAUGUGGUAUAGAUGCCGGAAUUUUAUAAGGAUCGAGCUGAACAAAACGACAGAACUAGCCUUCAUCUAUGAUAUCGGCAAUGGUAUUGAAAAUGUUACUGUGAAGUCUCCCUUUAAGCUCAAUGAUAAUGAAUGGCACCAAGUGAAGGCUGAGAUGAAUGUCAAGCUGGCCAGGCUCAAGGUGGACAUACAGCCAUGGGCAAUCCGCAAAUUUCCUCUUCAGACCUACCUCAAUAUGACAUAUGAUCAGCCUCUCUAUGUAGGCACAGCAGAGCACAAAUUGAAACCGUUCCUUGGUUGCCUGCGUGCAUUGCGGAUGAAUGGUGUGACUUUGGAUUUAGAGGGCAAAGCCAAUGAAACAUUAGGUGUGAGAACCAACUGCACUGGAUAUUGUGAGAAACCACGUCUGGAGUGCCAGAACGGAGGCCGCUGUGUAGAAAGGUACAGUCACUACACCUGUGACUGUAAUGGAACAGGUUUUGAGGGACCAUUCUGUACAAGAGAUAUAGGGGCCUACUUUGAAAGCGGCACGUGGCUUCGGCACGGCAUUUUGUCAGCUGGCAUGGUUGCUGCACAGGAGUUUGCCAAUGUUGUAUAUAUGCCUCUGUUUGUGAACAACCUGACCCGUGAGGAGAUCUCCUUUAGUUUCAGAACUACAGCAGCUCCAGCUGUUCUUCUGUAUAUCAGCUCAUUCUCCUAUGAUUACAUAGCAGUACUCCUCAAGCCAGAUGGCACAUUACAGCUAAAUUAUAAGGUUGGCAAUACCCCUUAUAUCUAUCAGCUGAACAAAAGGAACAUGACAGAUGGCAGACCCCACAGGGUCAAUAUCACCAGAGAAAACCUUACCCUUUAUACCCAGGUGGACUUUUACCCAUUAGUGAGGAAUCAGUUCUACCUAUGGGAGGAUCGGAAGUUCGAUACACCAAAAGCUCUUUUUCUAGGAAGGGUAGUGGAGACUGGCAUCAUAGAUUCAGAGGUGCAGAAGUUUAACACACCAGGGUUUUCGGGAUGCCUGGCAGACGUGCGCUUUAACAAUAUUACCCCCAUCAGGGAUAUCUUCAGACCAUCUGAUUCAGUGGGUAUCAUCUCAGUGAAAGGCUCCCUGGUGGAGUCUAAUUGUGCAGCUAUGCCCAUGCAGAUUGUGCACAUCCCUUACGAUAUGGAUCCGUGGUACAUGGGUACAGUUUUCCCUCAUGUACAUGAUGAUGGCUUAGCAGGGAUCAUUGCAUUUACUGUGAUCUUCCUGUUCCUAAUUGCCAUUGCGGUACUCUUUUUGGUUUACCAUUUCUUCCAUCGUUACAAAGGCUCUUACCUUACCAAUGAGCCAAAAGCCAUAGAUGCUCCGAGUUCGUCAAAGCCUGGUUCUGUACGGAAAGAACAACCCCUGCCACAGAUUGAGGAGGAAGGGACAAAAGAAUAGCUACCCCGCUAGUGGAACCAAGAAACAGCAGCCAUUGGGUCUGGAAAUUUUUUUCUGGUUGCACGGCGAGCCCAAGAAACUGAAAAUGAUCAAAAGCUUGCAAUUAAAAAAAGAAGAAGCAAAAAGAGGGAGACUAGCACAUUCAUUUACUGCCACUUCAAACGUCUUUAUAUUUUGGCUGGGAAACAGGAAUUCACUCCCUUUUUGCAGGUUUAUCUUUGUAAUUUAAGCCAAGUGGAUAUAACUAUAUGUAUACAUAAAUAUGCCAGUAGACAAUACUGAUUCAAAUAUCCGGUCAGAAAAAAAUAUUUUUUACAUUCCUACCUCCCACCCUAUUUCUGGUGAAAUAUCUUUUUAUGUCAACAUUGGCGGCCAUUUUAAAGGAGAUAAGUAGCUGUCUAGAAAUAGUACGAAGGAUAUUGUCUGUUAUGCACCCCGUGGCCAUAAAGAAGCCUAUUCCUAGGCAGCUUCUUAUUUUGUUCUGUCAUCGGAUUAGAAUGCCCUAAGCCAUAAGGAACAUGUAAUAUAAAUCCAUAUAAAUGGUGCUUUGUGAUAUCGGUGUCAUGUGAUGCAUUGCUAUUUAUGUAUCAUGAGACAUAGGAACCCCUGCUAUAUUUGAAGAUCCAUGACCUGUACAAAAUCAUUUCACUGGCAGUGCAGUUAUAGACCUUCAUCAAUCAAUUAUUUUAAUAGGUGUUCCCUUAAAAACCUCUAAAUAAAGUUUAACACUGUAUAUAAAGUUGGCUUGGGAAAGGUAUGUUUUUAAGUAAGAUGGGAAAAUUCAUUUAAGAUUAGGAUAUUGAUACUGCCUUUGAUAUACAAUUCGCAGCAUCUGAUUGGUCAACAUCUGUUGGAAGAGAAAUGAAUCCAAGAAACCAAUGUCUCGCAUUGUCUGUCUCUGUUUUUUGAGACUUUUCUGCAUUUUGGGAGGAAAACAGAAGAUGUAUGAAUCUCUAUGAUCUCAAUAUUUGCUCAAAUGGUGCAUUUUUAUCUCUCAGAGUAUAUAUCUAUUUGAGCCAUCUAUUUAGGAUGGCUAUAUUACUUGUGUUUAGAAUGAAAAUGCAUCCGUGGUUCCCAAAACAAUAAAAUGAUGGUUUCAAAUUCUCGCCUGCCACAUUCAGUAUCAAUAAAUGUUUUUCUUUCUGCGGCUCCUAGUGGCUGCUGAUGAUAGCCGGCAUUACAAGAUGUCUGAAUACACUGCCAGAAACUACUUGUUAUAAACGUGGGUUAGUGGUGCUCGUAUUAGCACAGACAUAUCACGCAAAAAUCACUUAGUGGUGCUGUUAUUUGCUGACGUCUUUUGCCAGUUGUGGAGACUGGUUCAACCGAUAAAUUUUCUAACUAUAAACGCAGAUACAUUUAACCUCCAAUAAAAAACACUUUUAUUCUCUGAAGCCCACAGUCUAGAUCAGUGAUACCAACACGUUGCUCACCAUCCUAUUGGAUGGAAUUCUUGCUUUGUAGGAAAGUUUUAGUUGCAUAAAAACUAUGUCUACUUCCAAAUAGAACUUUUUUAGCCUGCCAGUCCACAUAGGGGCUACCGACAGCCAAUCACAGCCCAUAUUUGCCCCCCCCAGGAAUGCU